AUGUCGAAGCGUAAGUUGGACAAGUUUGAGAUGGUAGAGUCCAGCGCUGAGAAGAGGACUAGAAUUGCACAUGCCGGAAAUCCACCUCAUGGCUCUGACGAUGAUACAUCAUCCAAUGAUGAAGGAAUCACUUCCGCUGCCGCAUCGAUUGAUAUUGACCCUGCCGAUGAAAACGAGGACGAAGGGCCCGAAGAUCGUGGAGAAUUGGAGGUCACGGAAGAAGAAUACAUAAUUCCUUACACGAUGCGCACAUCAAUCACAGAGGAAGAGUGUUCAGAAUGGACACAAUUAAUUCACGUACAAGCCAUGCACAAAGGAAAGGAAAUUGGUAGGGCAGAUGGUCGCUAUAUCGAUCGAGACCAGAUCAGGGAAUACUUCUACGAUGCUAUGGACGAACCUUCGCAAGAUACAUUAGACCUAGCGACCGAACUGUUCGAUACCAGAGGCCGACUGAAGUCAGAGCUUAGAGCUGGCGAAGGAUCUGGGAUAUGGGGAAAUGAGAUGAAUACAGGCGGCCUCCUAUUGUUGCAGACUAUCCAUGUCGAGAAAGCAUGGUGA